CUCUUCAUUGCAGAUGGUGAUGAAGUUGAAGGGAAGAACAAGGGGGACCACAACAGAAUCCACAUAUCGGAGAAAUCAAAUAAAUAUUCAGAGUAUGGAGAGAACAUCGGCCAGAGCUCCCAGUCCACCUCCCAUCAACGAAAGAGCUUCAUUCGGAGGGAUAGCCUCACUUCACAUGGAAGAAUUCACAGAGGAGAGAAAUUGUAUCACUGCAGAGAAUGUGGAAAGAGCUUCAAUUGGAAGUGUAAUCUCACUUCCCAUCAAAGAAUUCAUACAGGGGAGAAACCCUUUCAGUGCCUGGAAUGUGGGAAGAGCUUCAGUCACAGGCAGAGUCUCACUUCCCAUCAAAGAAUUCAUACAGGGAAGAAACCAUAUCAGUGCUUCGAAUGUGGGAAGAGCUUCCGUCACAGCCAUAGUCUCACUUCCCAUCAAAGAAUUCAUACAGGGGAAAAACCCUAUCAGUGCUUGGAAUGUGGGAAGAGCUUCAGUCGAAAGGACAGUCUCACUUUGCAUCAAAGAAUACAUACAGGGGAGAAACCACAUCAGUGCUUGGAAUGUGGAAAGAGCUUCAGUGAAAGCAGCAGGCUCACUUUGCAUCAAAGAAUCCAUACAGGGGAGAAACCACAUCAGUGCUUGGAAUGUGGGAAGAGCUUCAGUCGAAAGGGCACUCUCACUUUUCAUCAAAGAAUCCAUACAGGGGAGAAACCCUAUCAGUGCUUGGAAUGUGGAAAAAGCUUCAGUCACAGUCAGAGUCUCUAUUCCCAUCAAAAAGUUCAUACAGGAGAGAAACCACAUCAGUGCUUGGAAUGUGGAAAGAGCUUCAGUAACAGCACCAAUCUCGCUUCCCACCAAAGAAUCCAUACAGGGGAGAAACCCUAUCAGUGCUUUGAAUGUGGAAAGAGCUUCAGUCACAGCCGCAAUCUCGCUUUGCAUCACAGAAUUCACACCAGAGAGAAAUCUUCUUAGUGUUUGGAAUGUGGGAAGGCCUUCAGUCAGAGUGCCACUCUCAUGGCCCACCAAAUAAUUCAUACAGGGUUGAAAGCAUAUCAGCGCAUGGAAUGUAGAUAAAAUUUCCCUCGUAAAAAAGUCAAUUCAAGAACUCACAGCAUGGUGAAUAAUAGAAUGGUAGAUUCGGAAUCUAGUCCAACACCUGCCAACGCAGAAAAAAAUCAUUUCAAGCAUCCAUGACAGAUGGCCAUCCAACUUCUUCUUAUAGACCUCCAAUGAAGGAGAGUCCACCCCCUUCUGAGGGAGUUCCUUUUCACUGCUGGCUCUUACUAUCAGAAAGUUCCUCCUGAUCUUUAGGAGACAUCUCCUUUUGUGUUGCUUGAAUCACCUCUUCAGAUUCCUUCAUGACCUUGAGAAGGAACAUUAAUAGCCAAUAAUAGGAAAGGGAAUUACGUUCCGACCAAAGAAUGGCUGAAUAAAUCAUGCAAAUAUAAUGUAGAAACAAUGGAAAUGUUAAAAUAAUUAUAGACAAGGAUUAAGUAUAAGAUAUUGGUUGUGUUUAAAAUAG